AUGGGACCAGACAAUGAUACCCAAAUUUCAACAUUUCUUCUUCUGGGAUUAUCAAAGGAACCAGAAUCUCAGCCCCUCACAUUCGGGCUUUUCCUCUCCAUGUACCUGAUCACUGUGUUUGGAAACCUGCUCAUCAUCCUUUCUGUCAGCUCUGACUCCCACCUCCACACACCCAUGUACUUCUUCCUCUCCAAUCUGUCCUUUGUGGACAUAUGUUUUACUUCCACCACCAUCCCAAAGAUGCUGGUGAAUAUACAGACAGAGAAUAAACUUAUAACCUAUACAGGCUGCAUCACCCAGUUGUAUUUUUCCACACUCUUUGGAGGUUGGGAUAACUUUCUUCUUGCUGUGAUGGCCUAUGACCGCUUCUUUGCCAUUUGCCACCCCCUGCACUACAUGGUCAAAAUGAGCCCCCAGUUCUGUGGACUUCUGGUGCUGGUGUCCUGGAUCUUGGGUGCCCUGAACUCCUUGCUACAAACCCUAAUGGUGUUACAACUCUCCUUCUGUACAGACUUGGAAAUCCCCCACUUUUUCUGUGAUCUCGAUGAAGUGGUCAAACUUAGCUGUUCUGACACUUUUCUUAAUGACACUGUGUUGUAUUUUUCAGCUGGGCUGCUGGCUGGUGGCCCCCUUGCUGGUAUCCUUUAUUCUUACUCUAAGAUAGUUUCCACCAUAUGUAGAAUCUCAUCAGCUCAAGGGAAGUAUAAAGCAUUUUCCACCUGUGCCUCUCACCUCUCAGUUGUCUCCCUGUUUUAUUUUUCAGUCCUAGGAGAUUACCUAGGAGAUUACCUUAUGUCUGCUUCUACCUACAGCUCACACUCGACUGCAGUAGCCUCAGUGAUGUACACAGUGGUCACACCCAUGCUGAACCCCUUCAUCUACAGUCUGAGGAAUAAAGACCUAAAGGGGGCUCUGAAGAGAUUCUGUGAGAUGGCAGGUGUAAAAUGGACUACUGUCCUGAAGGUGAUGAACUGCCCUUGA